AUGGCCAAAGUUUGUAAGAAGUUUGACAGUGUUUCUGAGAUUUUACCAAACAAGGAUUGUGUUCGAAUCAAGGUGCGUGUUCUUCGUAUCUGGAAGAUGUCUUCGUUCCUUAAUCCUUCUGAAGUCAAUUCAAUUGAGAUGGUUUUGGUUGAUGAAAAGGGUGGAAAGAUUCAUGCCUCUAUUAGGAAGCAGUUUUUAUAUAUGUUUGAGUCUAAAAUUGAAGAAGGACAAGUGUAUCAGAUGUCCUAUUUUUCUGUUGUUCCUCAGACUGGUUUCUACAGAACUACUCUACAUCCAUACAAGCUAUUAUUCCAAAUUAAGACAAAGGUUGUUGCUGUUAAGAGCUCUGAUAUAUCUCAUCAUGGUCUCACAUUGACAAGUUUGGCUGAAGUUUGUAGUCAUGUCCAUGAUUAUGAAUUUUUAGUUGAUGUUAUGGGUUUGUUAUCUGGAAUUUCUGCUGAGAGGGAAUAUGUUAGGGAUGGAAAUGUUACAAAGAUGGUUGUGUUGGAGUUGACUGAUACUAGUGGGAAAUGUGAAUGUGCUUUGUUUGGGGAUUAUGUUGAUGAGUUAAACAAGAAACUGGGCAAGACAUCUGGUGGUCUCCCUGUGGUCGUAAUUCAGUUUGCAAAGGUUAAGAUAUUUAGAGACCAAGCAUCCAUUCAAAAUGUCAUCAACACUACAAAGAUUUUUGUGAAUCCUGAUAUCCCUGAAGCUGAUGCAUUUAAGGAUAGCAUUGGUGUGCAUGGUAUUAUGUUGGAUGCCACUGUUUCUGUGAUUGGGCCUCGUGCCAAACCUGCUAUGGAUGAAGAAUUUCUGAGGAUGUAUCCAAAAAAAACUGUAUCUGAACUAAGUGAAAUGGAAGAGGAAGGGGUUUUUGCUGUUUUUGGGGUGGUUAGUUCUAUUGUUCGUGGGGAGGAUUGGUGGUAUCCUGCAUGCAAGUGUCAUAAGUCUGUUAUUGCUGAUUCUGGGGCUUACUUUUGCAAUGGAUGCAACAAACAUGUUUUUCAAGUUGUUCCAAGUUUUUUGGUUGGAUUUCGUUUUAUUUCAUGUGUUUUACCUUGUCUUUGGUUAUUAAUCGAUCCCAAAACUAUGUGCAGCGGUUCCAUAAGAAUGCAAUUUCGAUCCUCAUACAAGUGGGAAUUGGUCGUUACUUCCUCAAUCUCUAGGGGUAGAAAUGUCCUGAAUUUUCCCAGGGAAUACACCAGAAAUUGUUUAAUGAACUCUGAUAGGAAGAUCUAUCUUAUUGAUGUUGCAUCUGGAAGAGUUUACAAUUCAAAGAUUUUUACUUCAGGUCAAAAUAAAGAAAACAAAUUUGUUUACUCUUGUUGGAAGCAAUUUGUGACUGAGAACAAGUUGAAGUUCAGAGAUAAGGUUAUCUUCAAUGCCACCACCGGUGAUAAUGUUAUCGAAGUCCAGAUCCUGCGUCGUCGCCGUCGUUCACGUUAGUUAAUAUGUUGAUUU